AUGGACUUUGACUUUUCUAUUUUUCCACAGAGCUUGAAGCACAACCCAAAUGGGAGCUUUGGCAUGAAGUACUGGUUGGUAAAAAAUUCGUGGGGUGCUAGAAAGUAUCACCCGAAAAACGAUGGGCCAAAGGUUUCAUUUUUUAGUGAUGAUGAAGAGACUACCAGCACACCAAAAGCAGAUGCUCUUUUUAUUCCAAGGGAGAAUCCAAGAGCUCUGGUUAUUCGUCCUCUUAAACAAUGGCCUGGCAAAUCAUCUGCUGAAAAAUUAAAAAACGCAUCUUCUCCAGCACAAACAAACGGUGAUUACACUGGGUUUGCUUCUUCCCCUCCUUUAAAUGGUCGCUCUACGGAAAACGGAAACCAUUCUGAAAACGGAACCCUAAAGGAACAAACACCAAUCAAAACCGCCCAAAAACAAAACGGAGGAUGUGAUGGUGGCGAGAUGGAAGAUGGAUUUGAGUUUAUCGUUAAAAACAAAGGCAUCAACACCGAGGUGGCUUACCCAUAUCAGGCAGUAGAUGGAACCUGCAACACCAAGGAAGAAGCUGUCCAUGCUGCCACCAUUACUGGGUAUGAAAAAGUGACAGCCAAUAGUGAAUCCGCAUUGUUACAGACAGUCGCUAAUCAACCCGUAUCAGUUGCCAUUGAUGCCAGUGGCAUGGGUUUCUAG